UUCACUCAUGAAUCGAUCGUGAUUUGCCAGUCCUGCAGUCAUGCUCACAAUGCUUCGGUCCACUCCGUUGUGUCACUUGUCCUCCCAGGACUAACCAUUGCAUCCGAUCACCCACUAUUAUCUAAAGCAACUUGUAGUCUAAUUUUGGCUGAUAUACGGCACCUGGUCCAACAGUCAACCGCGAACCUUAGGUAAUUUUGAGGCUAUGGCGAUCGGUGAAUUACGAACUGAAGGCAAAUCUGGGCGAAGAUUGCGAGGCCUGGAAGCGAGAAAAAAGUAAUGGAUUGAACAUGGUCAGAUAGUGAUUGGUUUGCAUGAACUCUGCUCAUUUUUUUUUCGUAGUCCCGCGGUUCGCAAGGUUCUCGCCUUUUGUGUUACACAUCAUAUGAAAUAUAUGUGUGUUUAUUGGUUACGGUUAUUAGUCAGCUCAACUACGAGCAUCAACGGUAACCAACCAUUGCAAGAAUAUUGAUCAUCGAAACUUAACAUAUAAAUUUUCCACAGCUUCCUCCAUACCCUCUUUCUAUUCACAUAUAUCAGAACUUAUCAUUCAACAUGUCAAACUCCAACACCCGAUACCGCUGUAUCGGAAAGGGCUUUUGUGGAAGUGUUUGGACUCGCGAAGACGACUCCACCGCUAUCAAACGUGAAGAUGGUGGCCCCGGUCGAUCAGUCACAAACGACUACAACAUGCAUCUCCGAAUUCUCCACAGCGCACUUGGAUGUCCACUUCCCUCAACGCCUCUUGCGAUACCGCAAUGUCACGCGCUGAUCCAAUCAGCCGACGCCUGGUGGCAACCGCGUUUACCUCAAUUUCCUGAUGGAUACUCCGCAUGCAGGGCACUUGUUACUGAGAGGAUCCCAAAAGUACCAAGAACAAUCAGCAACAAAAUUGUCGAUCUAUUCUGCGCCGGCAACCCUCAGUUAUCUGCUUUUGUCAAAGGCAAUGCUGAUGACGAUGCAUGCUUGAUUCGGCCGUACUUAGGCCGACGACGUCGCCACCACCAACAAGAGACUACAUCACGUUUCCAGCGCUUCAGUCUCCGCAAUGUACCCCUUCAUGUUGACCAGAUGGAGACUUUGGGCUUAGAUACCGGUGCUUACGCAGAAAUCAUGGCUGACGCUCUUGCGUUAAUGAUUUGGGGAGCCCAGAUUGACGCGAAUGAUGUUGAAUUUGUACUAGCCCCCCCACGAGGAAGGGAGCUGUCUACAUCUUCAUCUCCCGUCUUUCAGUCAGAGUACUUGGGAAAUCAUUGCAUGUGGAUUCUGGACUUUGAUUGUUGUCAACAACUCUCAAUAGAUGAGGAAGGGAUCGCGAAAGCCUGCACGGCGUUUUUCAAAAAUGACCCCUUCUAUCCAAGGCCAGCAAGUGGUAAUCCCACUGAUGAUGCUUUGUGGAAUACAUUCAAAAAGAGAUUUCUACUCUCCAGUAGAGCUAUUCUAGGUCAUGCUGAUAAUGACCAGUUUUUUCUGGUGGAGAAAUUGGUGGAGAUGAUAGAAGAGGAAGGACGGGCAAAGCGGAAGAGAAAAGAGGAACUGGCUCACAUAGAAUAGCAAUUCUUCCGGGGAGGGAAAGAAGAAAUAUGCAAUUUGUACCAAAUGCACAAAUGCAAGAACGCUGGUUGAUUAGGAAAUACUCCCACACUCUAUAUUGUACAUAACAAGUCAUUUCAUC